AUGGCGCGGAAGGGUUCCCAAAAGGUCAGGACUGGUUGUAGGACCUGCAAAAGCCGAAGAGUCAAAUGUGACGAGACAAAACCACACUGCCUAAGAUGUACCAACCACGGCCGGAGCUGUCAGGGCUACCCAAGCCAGGACACGGUCAACUACUCGUGGGGCGAACUUCUGCAGAAGAGACCCAUCAUGCCCGCCCUCACUCAUCGCACCCCCUCCGCGGAUCGCCGUGCUCUCGACUUCUACUUCCGCGUUGUGGCCCCCAUCUUGACCGAGUAUUCCGAUGACAGCUUUUGGAUCCAGCUAGUGGCGCCGGCUACCGAGCAGGAUGCCGCAGUCCGGCAUGCAGUCAUUGCCAUCAGCUCCUUGUACGAGCACUCGAGCCUUGAACGCGACACAGCCCAGCUUGACAAGACCCUGGAGAACCACUUCGCCAUCAGUCACUACAACCACGCCCUUCGAGAGAUAAGCAAGACUGCCGACGAGAACACGGUGCUUUUCGUCUGCAUCCUGUUCGUCUGCAUCGAGGUUCUCAACAACAACAAGGACGCGGCCGUGGCCCACAGCCGACACGGAGUCCGCAUCUUCAACGGCUCCAGGAGCAGGAGCUCCCUUUGGGUCCGCGAGCGCCUCAUGUCCAUGUUCGUCCGUCUGAGUAUCUUUCCCACCCUGUUCGACCAGAAAUCGCUCGUGUUUCCGCCCUUUGUCGAUGCCGAAUCAGACCUGGGGGGCACGCCGACCAACCUCGACACCUACCGCUCCAGCAUCGACGCCAUAAUGACCCGCUGCCUUCGCCUGCUCCGGACCCUCGGCCCGCGCCACGGCUUGCCGUUGUGGCCCGAUGACUGGCCCCUGCCGGACGGCGUGGCUGCCUCGCAGCAAACGCUCAGCUCGCUGCUCACCACGUGGCAGAAUAAUUUCUCCGUCUUUGAGCUGGCACAUCCGCCGCUACAUCACAAGACGCAGGUCCUCUACCUGAUUAUGCGCAUGAAGUGCCUCGUAGGCCAUAUCUGGAUGGGCACGUGCACAGAACGCAACGAGACGUCGUACGACAGGUAUCUCGCCGUAUUUCGCAACAUAGUCGACCUGGCCGCGCAGGCCGUUGUCCUAGAGAGCGGGCGUGACAGAGCCCCCCAGGCGCUGGCCAAGCCCAAGUUUGUCUUCGAUCUCGGCUACCUGCCCAUCCUCAACUUCGUCGCCCUCAAGUGCCGCGACCUGGGCACCCGCGUGGCCGCUCUCGACUGCAUGGCGAUCCUACCGGCCGCUCGCGAGUUUCUCUGGGACUCGGCCCUCGAGAUCUGCAUCGCGUGGCGCGUAGUGGAAAAGGAGCACGGCGCUGACCGCCGCACGCUCGAGACGCGCAGAGACAGGGCGCCGCGCGAUAUCCCAAUCUUUCCUCCCCCGGACAGACCGCGCAUAAAGUCUGCCAGGGCGGGAGACACUGCCGAGCUGCGCGCGAACCACUCUGGCGAGCGCGUGGCCCACUACGCAGUUACCUUCUUCACCAAGGUUGUGGGACAAUAUGGGUUGAAGACGGAGGAGGAAUGGAUCGACGUGUGCGCAUCCCCUCCGCACGAGCUGUGGAAACCGGUCCGGAAAACGACGGCCCCGUCCCGAGUUUGA